AUGGAUAGGACGACCAAGGAGAGGUGGGAGUCCUCUCUUGUGACGUCCACAGAGUAUCCAAAAUUUGACAAACUGGUCGAAUUCAUAACAGCGAGAGUACGGAUCCUGGAGUCUCUCAGUACAGAUCAAGCGAAGACGGCUCAACCGAAGCCGGUUCCACAAAGGCAAGCAGCCCAACUAGCAGGAGCAAGCAGACUGGCUCACGCCGCAGCCAGUAGGCCACCCUACGCAGCAGCUCAACCGAGACCGCCAGUUCAAGCCAAAUCGCCGGCUCAGCAGUACUCGUAUCAAGAACCGUUUGGCUGUUCCGAAAUUUCAUUCAUCUCCGAAGAUCUCACCAGCCUGCUCAACCUUCGGAGACACCGAUCAUCCAUCACAAUAAUUGGUGUUGGUGGAACAAAAUCAACUGAAACUUGCGAUGUGGUGGACAUCACGCUGCAGUCAACACACUCACAACAGGCUAUUUCAAUGCAGGCUCACGUGCUCACAGCCGUAUCGACAAUCCUGCCAUCGUUCUCACUGAGAACUCCGGAUUGGCCUCACAUAAAAAAAUUGAGGUUGGCGGACAAUGUUUUCAUGACACCCCGACCAAGUCGACUUAAUCAUUGGAGCGGAUUUCUACGGAAAGAUCAUCAAGCCAAACAUCAUCAAGGGAUCACCAACAACACCAAUUGCUCAACUUUCCAUUUUUGGAUGGCUCUUGCUCACGAAGAUCAAAGCAAUCUGCAGGAGCUGUUCACCAAAUUCUGGGUUCAAGAGGAGUCACCAAUGGACGCCCCAAGCUCGCUCACCCAAGAAGAAGAAGAAUGCAAAGCCCAUUUCUGUGCGACUCACUCUCGUGACCACACAGGAAGGUACAUCGUUCGCAUCCCACUCAAAGCACCAGCAUCACUUCUAGGCAAUUCACACAAGAUUGCUCAACAAUGUCUACAAAGCACAUUGCGACGACUCGCCAAGGAUUCAACAUACAACCAGCUCUACGUCGAGUUCAUGAAAGAGUACGAAGAAUUAGGACACAUGGUAAAGGCUUCAGAUCAUUCACGGAUCACAUCAAGAGAGGCUGAGAACAUUGGGCCUGAUAGGGAGAUGACCUUGGCACAUGAUGCUUCGGCAUCAGGAGGAUGUUCUAAUUUGGCUUUGCCAUUAUCACCACAUUUUUGCCACAGACAUCACAAAAGUGCAGUUCACAGGGAUGAUUGGGAUCUCCAGCGAAUCUUUUGGAUCGAUGAAGACCGCAAUGUCAUCCCUUACCAGCUCACAACGGUCACGUAUGGCACAAAGGCGGCUCCCUUCCUGGCGACACGAGCACUUAUGCAGCUGGUUCACGAUGAGGGUCAUCGAUUCCCUCUGGUAACGUCUUCGCUCACACAUGGCAGAUAUGUAAACGAUAUCUUUGGAGGAGCAGACUCAAUAUCGGAACUUGUGGAGGUCGCUCACCAGCUGAUUGCAUUGUGCAACGCGGGCGGAUUUCCACUCGCAAAAUGGCAUGCGACUCACCCAGAUUUACUAAGGGCUGUUUCGUCAUCCACACAAUCGUCAACUCCCAUCUCAUUUGACGACUAUGCUACCAAAUUACUCGGAAUUCAAUGGAUGCCUCAAACCGACACAUUUGGCUUUUCAUCAACCUUGACUGAUCAACCAAGUAAGUGUUCCAAACGCCUCGUAUUGUCCGAAGUGGCUCGGAUAUUUGAUCCAUUAGGUUUUGUCUCACCGCAUAUUUCAACGGUGGAAAUUCAUGGGUUCUCUGAUGCUUCUCAACUUGCCAUGGCAGCAGUGAUUUACAUCACUGUUAGCUCGCCGUCCAACAACUCAACGACGUCAAUUGUCUGUUCCAAGACGAAAGUUACACCACUGAAGAGGCUCACCAUCCCCAGAUUGGAGCUGUCUGCAGCACUCCUACUGGCAAAGCUCGCCAAAUAUAUUCAAACAACGCUCAAGGUGAAGAUCAACGCAACGCACCUGUGGACGGAUUCUCAAGUCUCACUCAUAUGGAUCAAAUCGCAAGCAUCACGUUGGAAGGAUUAUGUUCGGAACAGAGUUAUUCAGAUCCAAGAACUCACCCCAAAUGCGCAUUGGAGGCAUGUUCCAGGUACUUCUAAUCCAGCCGACUGUGCUUCCCGAGGCAUUUCGACAGAUCAACUCCAACGACUAGAGCUCUGGUGGAAAGGUCCGUCAUGGAUGGCUCUAGAUCACGAUCAUUGGCCGGAGCAAAAGGAAUUCUCAACUCUAACCAGCGAGCUCGAAGUGAGACCUAAUGUCUCACUCUUUGCUUCAGCUCAAAAGCUAAGUUAUCAUUGGGAUCUCAUUUACAAAUAUUCGUCUCUUAUUAAGCUGUAUAGACUGACUGCACUUUGUUUCAGGUUUGCCUCGCGGCUUAAGAGAAAGCUCGAAGCUCCACCCGUGAUCAUCAUUCCAUCCUGCGAUAUGGAGAAGGCGCAGCUCUUUUGGAUAAAAGCGACUCAGCACUUGUACUUCGCCAACGAAAUCAAGAUGCUCAACUCAGGCUCAACCCUGCAUACAACUCACCUCUUCUGUCGCCUCACCGCCUUCAUCGAUUCGCAGGAAACAGUACGAGUAGGAGGAAGACUUACCAAUACAACGCUCAGCAGGGAUGGGAAACAUUCAGCGAUCCUCCCACGGGACGCUUACCUGUCGAAGAUCAUCAUUGAAGACGCUCACAAGCGAACAUUCCACGGAGGAACGCAGCUCACGCUUGCAUAUAUUCGACAACGGCAUUGGGUCAUCGGUGGAAGAGCUCCUGUAAAAUCUCACAUAUUGAGAUGUGUCGUGUGUGCUCGACCGAUCACAAUGAAAAGUUCAAAGGGAAGAGGCUCGAAAACGAUCAAAGGAUGGAUCUGUAUUUUUGUAUGUUUCUCCUCAUCGGCAGUUCACCUGGAGGUUGUCAGCAAUUACUUAACCGAAGGAUUUCUGGCAGCCUACAGAAGAUUUUCAUCACGAAGAGGGAUCGCUCACAAAUUGUAUUCUGACUGUGGUACAAAUUUCAUUGGAGUCCAAGCAGAGCUCAAACACAGCACUCAAUGGAUGUUCAACCCACCAGCUGCUCCUCACAUGGAAGGAAAAUGGAAAGCGGUGGUAAAAUCGAUCAAGUACCAUCUGAGGAGAACUAUUGAUCGAAGCGGUGCUCAACUCAAGACCAUUGGAGCCGCUCAGCGACGAUUCCGACGACAUCUCUGUGCUCACCCCAGGACACUUCCUAAUCGGUUCAGCGCUCAAUACGAUCCCAAAACCAUCGCUGCUGGAAGUUUCACCAGGUCGGCUGUCCAAAUAGCAACUAAUCCAGCAAAGGGUUCAGCACUUCUGGUCUCAAUGGUCACGACACUACCUGCAGAGACUUCAGUCAAUUUCAAAGUGGCACCAUCCAUCUCACGACAUCAAGACAGGCUCGUUGGUGCUGCUCAUGGACGAGCAUCUUCCACCAAGCAAGUGGCCACUCGCAAGAGUGACCAAAGUUCACACCGGAGUCGUCAAAAUACUCAAGACUCAACGACUGUUUCAACAAUGAAUCGUGCAAACCAACAAGUAUUUUCCUAUGCGUCUACUGUUCAAGCUACUACCUUUCCAACCAAAGAUCAAGCAAUUGUUGCCAAUGCUGUGGAAGGUAUCACUAUAAAAGAAUACGUUAGUGCAAUAGGAUUACUGAUUAACCCAUCGAAUAUCAGAUUUGUUUCCAGAAUUUCUAAAAACAGAGUUUGUAUGCAUUUGGCAAGUCAAGAAAUAGCAAAUAAGCUCACAGAGAAUAAUGAAACGCUCAUAUUAUGA